UGGUGAAGAGGAGCUGCUGCUCACGGUUCAUCGUGAAGAAGCAGUAACAACAACAACAUGGCAGAGGAGAGGUUUGCGUUUGAGCAAAGUUUUUCUUUUAAGGCUCUUCCCACCAGGAAGUUCUUCUUCCUGCAGGACACAGGGGUUUCAGCGCUGUUAAUGAAAUGGUCCAUGCAGGGAAGGAUCUCAGCUCAGUCUUUCAGCUUUGAUCAGAACUUUCACUCUUACAACUGUGAAAGGUUUGCACUGGAUUUCUUCAGAGACCCUGAUGUGGUAUCCUGUCUGAAAAAGAUGGAGGCCGGAGUCUGGGUGCCUCUUGACAAGCCUGUGGUGUCUGUCCAUGUGGAGGUGAUACCAUGCACCGAAGUCUCCAUGGAGCUCUUUGACCCAAUCUUCUCUUGUGGCAUCCUGAGGCCCACUGGACAUGUAGUUAAAUGCUUUCACGAUGUCUACCCCGACUAUGAUGAACUCAGACAGAUGCUGCAGGAGGAGGACACCGAGCACUACUACGUGGUCGGGAGGGAGCAGCGGGGAGAGUUUCUGUUUCGCCUCUUCAAGCACCUGUGUCUUGGUGGAGAGCUCUGUCAGUACGAAGACACCAUCCACCCUUACAUCAACACCACCAAGCAAGUGUACAAAGAUCUGAUCAGUGUUCAGAAGGAUCCAGACACAAAGAGGAUCAGCGUUGUUUCCACGGUGCUCAAAGUCAGCACCUAUGAUGAAUCUGGACGUUGUUUCCCUGGGAUACAAGAGGAGGAGCAGACGUUUGCCUAUUUGAUUGUCGACCCCUACAGACGUCAUGUGACUUUGUUCUGCCACUUCUACGGUGUUGGAAACUUUACACUAUGACAUAAAGAAAUCCAUAAUCCGUAAAAGCUCUGCCGUCAGUUAACUUUACUUUUUUUAGGAAUUCGAGUUACACAAGGGAAGAAAUAAUUUUGUUCUUCCAACUUAUGUCAAUGUUUUUUAACCUGUACUUGCUCUAAAUAAAUGUUUGUAAACUCAA